AUUCUGUUUGUGUCUGUGUGGUGUGGACUCAUCAGAAUCAGAGUCUUCAACUUUCUCUCUCUUUCUCUUUCUUGUUUCUACGUUGUUGUUGUUGUAACACAAUCCUCUUACCAACAAAACAAACAUUAAAUUUCACAACUUAGAUUUGUUUCUCCUCAAACAACAACAAAAAAAAAAUCUCACUCUCCAUUUUUUUUUUCCAUCUUUAUUCAAAUAACAAGCUGAGUGAGAAUCAAGAAUCAACUUGCAAUUUGGAACAAUUCGGAAAACCCAGUUGCGGAUCAAGAUGAUGAAGCUUCGGAGAUUCUCGCUGGGUUUCCUUUUAGGGUUUCUGUUGUUGCUGUCGGUGACGCCGUCGUCAAUGGCGAGAUUUGUGGUGGAGAAGAACAGUUUGACGGUGACUUCGCCGGAGGAUAUCAAGGGUACCCACGAUAGCGCGAUUGGCAACUUUGGGAUUCCGCAGUACGGUGGUAGCAUGGCUGGGAACGUUGUGUACCCCAAGGAUAACCAUAAGGGUUGUAAGGAGUUCGAUGAGUCUGGGAUUUCCUUUAAAUCUAAGCCUGGAGCUCUUCCCACUAUUGUUUUGCUCGAUCGUGGAAAUUGCUUCUUUGCUUUGAAGGUCUGGAAUGCCCAGAAGGCUGGAGCUUCUGCUGUUCUUGUUGCGGAUGAUAUUGAGGAAAAAUUAAUUACCAUGGACACGCCUGAAGAGGAUGGAUCAUCUGCAAAAUACAUAGAGAACAUAACAAUACCAUCAGCACUCAUUGAAAAAAGCUUUGGUGAAAAAUUAAAGAAGUCCAUAAGUGGUGGGGAGAUGGUCAAUGUAAACCUUGAUUGGAGGGAGGCUGUCCCCCACCCUGAUGAUCGUGUGGAAUAUGAGUUGUGGACCAACAGCAAUGAUGAGUGUGGAGUUAAAUGUGAUAUGUUGAUGGAAUUUGUGAAGGAUUUCAAGGGUGCGGCUCAGAUUUUAGAGAAAGGUGGAUAUACUCAGUUUACACCCCAUUAUAUAACUUGGUAUUGUCCCAAGGCAUUCACAUUAAGCAAACAGUGCAAGUCCCAGUGCAUAAAUCAUGGAAGAUAUUGCGCUCCAGAUCCUGAGCAGGACUUUAGCACUGGUUAUGAUGGGAAAGAUGUGGUUAUUGAAAAUUUAAGGCAGCUAUGUGUUUAUAAGGUGACAAGUGAAGCCAAAAAACCUUGGCUUUGGUGGGACUAUGUUACUGAUUUUCAAAUUAGAUGCCCAAUGAAGGAGAAAAAGUACAACAAGAAAUGUGCUGAUGCUGUCAUUGAAUCACUAGGUCUUGAUAAUAAGAAGAUUGAAAGGUGCAUGGGAGAUCCAGAUGCUGAUUCUGAUAAUCCUGUUUUGAAAGAAGAGCAAGAUGCCCAAGUUGGGAAAGGAUCCCGAGGUGAUGUUACCAUAUUGCCUACUCUCGUAGUCAAUAAUCGACAAUAUCGAGGGAAAUUAGAGAAAGGUGCUGUUAUGAAAGCUAUUUGUUCUGGUUUUGAAGAAACUACUGAACCAGCUGUUUGUUUGAGCAGUGAUGUGGAGACAAAUGAAUGCUUGGAAAAUAAUGGUGGUUGUUGGAAGGAUAAGGCAGCUAACAUCACUGCAUGCAAGGAUACUUUCCGUGGGCGAGUAUGUGAGUGCCCCUUGGUGGAUGGUGUGCAGUUCAAAGGAGAUGGUUAUACAACCUGCGAAGCUAGUGGACCUGGGCGAUGCAAGAUAAAGAAUGGAGGAUGUUGGCAUGAAGCCCGGAAUGGACAUGCAUUUUCUGCUUGUGUGGACGAUGGAGAAGUUAAAUGCCAAUGUCCUGCAGGGUUUAAAGGUGACGGUGUCAAAAAUUGUCAAGACGUUGAUGAAUGUAAAGAGAAGAAAGCUUGCCAGUGCCCUGAAUGUAGCUGCAAGAAUACUUGGGGAAGCUAUGACUGCAGUUGCAGUGGGGAUCUUCUGUAUAUUAGGGACCAUGAUACCUGCAUAAGUAAAACUGCUAGUCAAGGAGGAAGAUCUGCUUGGGCUGCUUUUUGGGUCAUUAUAGCUGGCUUAGUUCUAUCUGCUGGUGGGGGAUACCUUAUAUACAAAUACAGAAUAAGGUCAUAUAUGGAUUCAGAAAUCAGAGCCAUCAUGGCACAGUACAUGCCCUUGGACAGUCAAGCAGAAGUUGUAAAUCAUGUGAACGAUGAAAGAGCAUGAAAAUGAAAAUGUUGAGGCCUGGGUGACUUGCCCUGAACCUUUUUGAACUGUUCAGGAUUCUGAGCUUUAAAUUUAAUAGACUGUAUCAUAUGGACAAUAAAAAAGUUGAGAAUUAGAUAGUUGCCCUGUGUUUUUAUUCAGAAUGUACCAAGUUUUAUACUUGUGAUGGCUGAAUUUAGAGCAGACUAAGUUAUUUCACUAGAUUCUAGGAUGUGUUUAUGUGACUUCUUGUUCCACAUUUAUGAUUGUAACCUAUUGUGCUUUUAGUACAGGCUUUAGUUAACACUGUUCUUCCAUUGA